UGCCGCGGUGACGGGGCAGAGGUGGGGACGUUGGAUGCGUUCCCCGGCCACCGGCUUCCCUUCCUCUUCCUUUCCCUCUCUCUCUCUCUCUCUCAUUUCUGUUUGUGUCUGAGCUUUGGUUAAAACAAACAAGAAAAUAUGAACGGAGACAAAGCGUGAAUUUGAUGGGUCGAUUGGCUUCUUUCAUGAUCACAGUGAUACUGGAUUGUUCAACUGCGUACAGUCUGAGAACUGAGUAACUUAUUUGACAAACUUCCAUGCAAUUUGCUGGACAAGUGGGACAGCACGUUGUGACCCUCGCACCCAGGUUGUGUUCGGGCCAGUUGAUGACACAGGUGCCUCCCUGGCAGAACUGUAUGCUGUGCUGGUCACAACUUGGAUUCAUUGACAGCUGAUCGUUGCUGCUCUUUGUAGAAGGAGGAGAAGAAGCAUUUUGCCAUGGGCAGGUUCUACAUCUCUUGUUUAUUUCCAGCUUCAUGGCAUUUCAGCUUCUCUCCUUCCACCUGCCCACGUCCAUUCAACACCACUUUCCGUCAAUUGACAGCUCUUGCAUUGAUCGUUGUUCUCUUAACUUUACUGUAUGUUCUGCUGGUUUUGGAUAAGACUGGAUGGGGACGGUUGUACCAAGACAAAGGAGAUAGGCACUUGACCAAAUUGUUGGACAUGGAAGCUACUGACAUUAAGAACCCUUAUUUAAACUACGGCAUUGUGAUAGACUGUGGAAGUAGUGGCUCGAGGCUCUUUGUGUACUGCUGGCCAAGACACAAUGGGAAUCCACACGAUCUGCUCGACAUCAAACAGAUGAGGGGCAGGAACAGACAGCCUGUCGUGAUGAAGAUCAAACCAGGAAUUUCAGAGCUGGCAGCCACACCGGAGAAAUCCAGUGAUUACCUGGCACCUCUUCUGAAUUUUGCUGCAGAUCACAUUCCUCACUCGAAGCACCAAGAGACUCCACUAUAUAUCCUGUGCACGGCUGGGAUGAGGAUUUUGCCUGAAAACCAGCAAAAUGCCAUUCUUGAAGAUCUCCGUACAGAUAUUCCACUGAAUUUCGAUUUUCUCUUCGCUGACUCGCACGCAGAAGUCAUCUCAGGCAAGCAAGAAGGAGUUUAUGCUUGGAUUGGAAUUAACUUUGUCCUGGGACGAUUUGACCACAUCAGUGACGGUGAGGAUUCGGUUGUGGAGGUCAAGGUUCCUGGCACGGAGGCCCAGGCAGCAGUUGUCCGGAAGAGGACAACUGGUGUCCUGGACAUGGGAGGGGUUUCUACUCAGAUAGCCUAUGAAGUCCCCAAAACUGUAAGCUUUGCCUCUUCACAGCAGGAAGAGGUGGCCAAGAACCUGCUGGCAGAGUUCAAUCUGGGCUGUGAUGCCCAUCACACGGAGCACGUCUAUCGUGUCUAUGUCACCACCUUCCUGGGUUUCGGUGGGAAUGCUGCCAGAAAGCGCUAUGAGGAACACAUCAUCCACAAGAUCACGCUGACCAACAGGUUACUGGGACAGAAGACUGGCCUAACAGAGGAAGUCCCGUACCUGGACCCCUGUUUGCCAGCUGACAUCAAGGAUGAAAUUCAUCAAGACGGACGCACUCUGUAUUUACGAGGACUGGGAGAUUUUGAUUGGUGUCGGCAAAUCAUUCGUCCCUUCUUAAACAAAACCAAUGAGACUUCGACAUCGCUCAGUGGGGUCUACCAGCCUCCAGUCGACUAUCCGAACAGUGAAUUUUACGGGUUUUCUGAAUUCUAUUACUGCACAGAAGAUGUCUUGCGCAUGGGUGGCGACUAUGAUGUUGCUAAAUUCACGAAGGCUGCUAAGGAUUAUUGUGCAACCAAGUGGACAGUCCUGAAGGAACGCUUUGAGCAAGGUUUAUACUCCAGGCAUGCGGACCUCCACAGACUCAAGUAUCAGUGUUUUAAGUCAGCCUGGAUGUAUGAGGUUCUGCACAGUGGGUUUUCCUUCCCUGUCAACUACACUAACUUGAAAACAGCCCAGCUGGUUUAUGACAAGGAGGUACAGUGGACGCUGGGGGCGAUUCUCUACAGGACGCGGUACUUACCCCUGAGGGACAUUCCACUGGACAACUUCAAAGGGAACCACGUGCACUGGAGGGGCUUCUCCUUCGUCAACAACCACUACUUAUUUUUUGGCUGUUUCCUGGUUGUCCUUCUGUCCAUCCUUCUCUACCUGCUGCGACUGAGGCGGAUCCACCGGAGGAUGCAGCACCACGGGUGGAAGGGGGAAGCUGGGCUCCCUCAGAUGUCAGGUGUUGUCUGAAAGCUGGUGACCUGGGCACUGGGUGGGGCAGGGGAAGUGGGCAGGGAUUGGGCUGGGCGACCGGUUGCAGGGGAACACCGUGGGGUCAAGUGCAGUCUUUGUAAACCAAACCAAGAAAGGGCAGUAGGCACACGGUGGGUGUUGGGUGAGGAAAGGGUCUGGUCGCAAAUACCUUCCAGAGAUAUUCGCCGGUCUUUCUUGGGCACUGGCAUAACACAGACAAAGCUGAUUUGAUUGCCGGUUGAAAAUUGCAUGACCCUGCCUGAGGAAAGCCAGGAAACUCCCCCUUUGCGUUUCAGCAAAACAGUCUCUUAAACAGAAGAGCUGCAGUCAUUCAGCUGAGUGAAAUGAAAUAGCGCAGCUUUCUGUCUGAAUUGUUAGGCAACUCAGAGAGAAAACGUUGCUCAUUUUGAGCUGGUUAUGUCUGAACGACUGCAGGGACCAACAAGAAGGAGGGGAAGCGAGUUGAAGGUGAGCCCAGUAGUAACGCAUUGGAUACAAGAGCUGCUGUGCUGAUUUCGACAAUCAGAAACUCUUAAAUUAUAUUUAUUUAUAACUGCAAUAAAUGGAGAUGUUAUGUCGAAAUCAGUGAUCUGAUUGACAAUGUUGAGACAAUAAAUGUAUUUAUAAGAUC